GGAUGCGGAUGCGGAUGCGGAUGCGAAGCUGGCGGCCGAGGUGGCGGCCGAGGUGGCGUCUGCGGCGGCCGCCGCGGAUGCAGAUGAGGAUGAUGAGAUCCGCGGGGGCUAUGAGGGGAACCCAGAUUUUCCGAUGGCCUCCCUGUACGUGGGCGACCUGCACCCUGAGGUGACCGAGGCGAUGCUGUAUGAGAAGUUCAGUCCAGCUGGGCCCAUCCUCUCGAUCCGCAUCUGCAGGGACAAGAUCACCCGCCGCUCAUUGGGCUACGCGUAUGUCAACUACCAGCAACCGGUGGACGCCAAGCGGGCCCUGGAGACCCUGAACUUUGAUGUCAUAAAGGGCAGGCCAGUGCGCAUCAUGUGGUCCCAGAGGGACCCGUCGCUCCGCAAGAGCGGGGUGGGCAACGUCUUCAUCAAGAACCUGGGCAAGACCAUCGACAACAAGGCGCUGUACAACAUCUUCUCGGCGUUCGGCAACAUCCUCUCCUGCAAAGUGGCCUGUGACGAGAAGGGGCCCAAGGGCUACGGGUUCGUGCACUUCCAAAAGCAGGAAUCUGCGGAGCGGGCCAUCGAUGUGAUGAACGGCAUGUUCCUGAACUACCGCAAAAUUUUCGUCGGGAGAUUCAAGUCGCAUAAAGAACGAGAGGCCGAAAGGGGAGCCUGGGCCAGGCAGUCCACUAGUGCUGACGUCAAGGAUUUCGAGGAAGACACCGACGAGGAGGCCACCUUGCGAUGAAGACAUCCCAGGAGCUAGCCAGCCAGCAGAGCCGAACCUUGGCUCACACCCGGUUUACAACCCCCCACCCCCAGCCCUCCCCCGCCAACCCACCAGCAGUGUAUUUAUUGUAUUGGGAGUGCAGGUCUCUCUCUCCCUCUCUCCCCCUCUCUCUCCCCCCUUCCUAUUUCCUCCCUCCACCUCUCCUCUCCUUCCCGUCCUCUCGCCCGCCCACCCCCACCAAGGGCGUUGUGAAUAAUCUUACUAAUCUGUGCCAUUUGUAGCUUAAAGGCUGCCUCUUCUCCCUGUGGUUUGGUUUAAAAAGCAUUUUCAUUCUCUCUUUGUUUACUGCACAGGUGAUACAAUUUCAUGGUAGAACCAUCAGAAAGGAGAAGGAUAUCAGAUGAGGGAAGAAACAAGAGAGUAAUUGCUCCCCUGGUCCUACUCCCACAGAGAGAACCACUUUUACCUUUUUGGCUUAUGAAACGUCAUCUUCAGUGCCUGCAGAGUGCUCCAGUGUAUCCGUGGACCUUAACAUUUCUGUAAUCAUUCCCGCAUUGUUGGACAUUCAGGUGGUGCCUAGUUGUUUCCCUGUGUUUAAGACCAACAUUGCGUGCUCUGUGCUUUGAUGAGUGAAUCCUUCCUUGUCAAGCCAAAUCUUCGCUAGCAUCCCGGUGGUCUCCGUAACUGUGGACUUGCAAGAUCCACAUAUAGACAUUUCAAAGACUUUUCCUGUGUGUCGCCAAAAGGCCCCCUUCAUAAGCAUUGUACCGAUUUGCACUCGUGCCGGCCAGCGCAGCUAGUAAAGUGUAUGCCCGUUUCCCCUGCAUAGUCUCCUGGUCACUGUAAUUGAUCGUGUGUGUGCGUGCGUGCGUGUGUGCGUGUGUGUGUGUGUGUGUGUGUGUGUCUUGGCCAGCUUGGCAGGCUACAAAGGGUAUUUCGCUGUCCUCGGUGGUUUUGCUGGAAUCAAACACUGCUUAUGACCCCCUUCCCCUGUGCCAACUUCCUGUCCUUUUCCCUGUUGUCAGAAAAGUAAUUCAGCGUCAUUGCAAGAAAAAAAAAUCACAAAGCAGACAAGUUAACAGAAGAAAAUUAAAGUCACUAGUAAUCAUUUCUGAUGAUUACACACACAUUCCACGAACAUUUUCAUGCACACCUCUCUGAUGUUUUCCAGAACUACCUGAAACAUUUUUGUCUGUAGGUUUAGUUUUUUUCUUGUGCGUAUAUCAUAUAUGUAUAUUAUGAUGUACAGACUGUUUUUAUAUCUGCUUUUCACACAUAAAUGUGUGUGUAUAUUUAUACACACGCAUAUUCUUGAACUUCAUUUCAUGUCAUUAAAGAUACUUUUAAAAUAUUUUCUCUGGUUCUUAAUAUUCUAUUGAACUCAUGACUAGGUAGAAGGUUAGAUAUAUGUGUGUACAUAUGUAUCUAUGUCUAUAUCUCUGUGUGUUCGUGUGUCUUAUGCAUAACUUUUUCCUCGUUGUUGAACAUCUAGAUUGUUUCUGUUUUUCCUUUAUGUAAUCUAAAGCUGCCAUGAAGUUCCUAGUGCACAAAACAUGCUGACUUUCAAGAUUAUUUCCUGAUGAGUCAUUGCUAAAAGUAGAAUUCAUGUGUCAAAGUAUAUGGGCAGUUUGAAUGUUUUUUUGGAGGGGAGGAAGAAUGUGUUAUUCAAUGGCCAUCUGUAAAUAUAGUACAAGUUCAUCUUCAUAAGGUGCAUCAGUGUUGUUACAGGACCCAGAUACCUGGACGAUUUUCUGCACUUGCUAUUACAUUUGUUUCUGCAAUUCACCAGUAUUUUCUCAGGGACACAGGAGCUUUUUUGUUUUUAUUUAUGUUAUACAUUUAUUUUUAUACAAAUUGUACAAAAUUAUAAUAGAAAAUAUUUUUUAAAAAUUGCUAAUGUAAGAAAAGAAAGUUGAAAUCCUAAUACCCCUCCUAAUACUGCUACUUGACAAAAUAAAUUUUCAAUAAUAGGUAUCUACCUACCUUUAUAUUUAUAACACAAUAUGCAUUGUUUCAUUGGAGGGUAUUUCACUAUUACAAUUAUCCGGGGUCAUCUCCGUAAAUCAUUAAAUAUUGUCCUGCAAUUCUGUUGUUACAUAUAUUCUGUCAUCAGGAUAAGCUAUGAUUUCUGCAACCAAGCAUCCUUUGGGGCUAUGUUUAAAAAGAUUCUGAUUUUUUUCCCUCGUAAGAUCAAUUCUAUGAUGAACAACUUUUUACCUGAAUGUGAAGGUAUAUUUUAUUGUUUUUUAUUCCUUACUAGUGGAAUUACAGAGUAAUAGACAUGAACAUGUUAAAUAUUUUUCUUAGUCUUUAUAUCCACUAGUUUAUAUCCACUACAGUGGUGGAUAUAAACAUGUAGAAAAGUGCGUGUAUCACGUCCCACCUUCUUAAAUUGAUCAAAGUAUUUUUAAAGUUUUGUUACGCUAAAAUAGCUUAUCAAUUUUUCUAUUAUUUCAUUUUACAAACAUUUUUAAAGAGGGAGAUCUAGUGCAUUAAAAUAUAGAUCAAAACCACUUUAGAUUAUUUUUUAUACAGGCUGCUACUAUCCAUCCAUAAGCAUUUAAAACCAAUUAUAGAAUUAUACUAGCAUAUUUUGUCAUUAUUUGCUUUUCAAUAUCUUGCAACAUCUAAAACAUCCAUGGCUAUUCAGUUUUCUCCUGAAACCAUCAUUGUAUAAGACUGGAAUUUUAUUUAAGAGUUUACCUAUUAAGGAUAUUAAAGUAGUUUCUAAGAUUUACCCCAUUAAACCCAGGGUAUGAUGAACAAUUUUGCAGUUGAAUUGCCUCCCUCUCCUAGAGCAAAGCAUUUGAUAUUUCUUUGCUUUGCACAGGGUGUAAAUUAACAAUUAAAAAAUCAAGACAAGCAUCAGAAAUAAUGAUUUUAAGAGAACAAAAAGGAGCAUCUUUUAAAAACCACUUAGAAAUAAAACAGUUUUACAAACUCUAUAAAGUGAAUAAAACAGUGCCACUGCCUUGGUGGAAGAAACAAGCUAAUUUAUGUUUAAUACUUUGAUGCAGACCCUUCAUUCAGUUCAAGGAAACUUUGAUAAUUUGGCAAAGCUAAAAAACAAAGAAACCCUUGUUUUAGGGUUUAUUCUUGUAAGGUAUGGAUUGCUAUUAUUUCUUCAUAGAAGUUAUAUGUUAAAAUAUAUCUGUUAUUUUAUUUGUUUAGCCCAUCACAGAAGGGGUUCGGAAAUAGCCCCCUAUGCACCAAAGCAAACAGAUACUGGUUUGACACAAAGGGUCCAUGUUCAGUACACAGAGAGAUCUGCCCUUAGCUUUGAUCCAAUCAGAACAAAAUCUUUCUUAUCAUUACUGGGAAAAUAAGCUAAGAGUAAUGCGAGAGAGAGAGGCAAAUCAGUUUGUCAAUUUCUACAAAGAAGACAGCUGGAAUUCUGAUGAGGAUUGUGUGAAAUAUAUAGAUUGAUUUGUGUACUAUUAUCAUCUUAGAAAUACUGUUUUCCAAUUUAUGAACAUGGAUUGUCUUUGUAUAGAACAUUUUUCUUUCAACAACGAUUUGUAGUUUUCAGAGUAGCAGUUCACAAUUACUGGGUUAAAAUUUUUAAGUAUUUAACUUUUUUGAUGCUAUUGUAAAAAGAAUUGAUUUCUUAAUUUCAGUUUUGGUUUGCUCAUUGCUACUGUAUAGAAAUAUAAUAGAUUUCUGUAUAUUGACCUUGUAUCCUGCAACAUUGCUGAAGUCAUUUAUUGGUUCUAAUAUAUAUUUGGUGAAUUUUCUAGGAUUUUCUAUAUAAAAUCAUGUUAUUACAAAGCUAUAGUAAUCAAAACAGUAUGAUACUGGCAUAGAAACAGACACAUAGACCAGUGAAACAGAAUAGACAGCUCAGAAAAAAAAAAAAACCUAGGCAUAUACGGUCAACUAAUCUUCAAUAAAGGCACAAAGAAUACACAACAGAAAAAGGAUAGCCCCUUCAAUAAAUGGUGUUGGGAAAACUGGAUAUGUGAAUGCAAAAAUCUUGGAUGCUUAUGUUACACCAUAUGAAAAAUCAACUCAAAAUAGACUAAAGAUUUAAACAUAAGACCUGAAUCCAUAAAACUCUCAGAAGAAAACAUAGAGGGAAACUGCUUUGUUCUUGGCAAUGAUUUCAUGGACAUGACACCUAAAGCAUAGACAAUAAAAGCAAAAAAAACAAGUGGGAAUACUUCACAUUAAUAAGUUUCUAUGCAACAUAAAAUCAAAAAAUGAAAAGGCAACCUAAGGAAUGAAAAAAAUUUGGAAAACAUAUAUCCAAUAAGGGGUUAAUAUCCAAAAUACGUAAGGAACUCCCACAAUUCAAUAGCAUAAAAAAUAAAACAAAACAAAACAACCUGAAUUAAAAAUGGGCAAAAGACCUAAAUGUACAUUUUUCCAAGGAAGACUUAUAAAUCACCAACAAGUACAUGAAAAGAUGCUCAAUAUCACUAAUCAUCAGCAUCAGGGAGAUGCAAGUCAAAUUCACAGUGAGAUAACACCUCACACCUUUAGGAUGUCUAUUAUCAAAAAGGGAAAAGAUAGCAAAUGUUGGCAAGGAUGUGGAUAAAAGGGAAUCCUUACACAUUGUUGGUAAGAAUGAAAGUGAGUGCAACCAUUAUGGAAAACAGUAUGUAGUUUCCUGAAAAAAUUAAAAAUAGAACUACCAUAUAAUCUAGAAGUCUCACUUCUGAGUAUAUAUCCAAAGGAAAGAAAAUCACUAUCUGGAGGAGGCGUCUACAGUGCCAUGUUAAAUGCAGCAAUAUUCGCGAUAGACAAAAUAAAGAAACAACCUAAUUGUCCAUCAGCAAAAGAAUAAAGAAAAUGUGGUGUGUAUACACAAUGGAAUAUUAUUCAGCCUAUAAAAGAAGGAAAGUCUGUUAUUUGUGACAACAUAGAUGAACCUGAAGCACAUUAUGCUAUGUGAAAUAAUCCAGGCACUAAAAGACAAAUACUGCAUGAUCUCACUUAUAUGUGGAAUCUGAAAAAGUUGAACUCAUAGAAAUAGAGAGAAGGGUGGUUACCAGGGUUUGGUGGCAGGGUUGGGAGAAAUGGGGAGAUGUUGAUCAAUAUGUACACAUUUGCAGUUAUAAGGUGAGUAAGUUCUGCAGACCUAAUGUACAGCAUGGUGACUAUAGUUCAUAAUAAUCUAUAGUAUACUCGAAAUUUUCUCAGAUAGUAGAUCUUAAGUAUUCUCACCACAAAAUAAAAAUUGUGUGAGGUGAUGAGUAUGUUAUAAGCAUGAUUGUGGUAAUCAUUUCACAACACAUACACAUAUCAAAACAACAGCUAGUACACCUUGAAUGUAUACAACUUUAUUUCACAAUCAUAUCUCAAUUAAGUGAAAAAAGAUCACAUCAUCUGUGAAUAGAAGUAGUUUUAAUUCUUUCUUUCCAGUCUGGCUGCAUGUUAUUUCAUUUUCUUGCCUAAUGACCUCAGCUAGAACGUCCAAAUACGAUGUUAAAUAAAAGUGGUGAAAAUGAAUAUCUAUAUCUUGUUCCUAAUGUUGGGGGAAAAGUACUAAGUCUUUCACCAGUAAGUAUGAUGCUUACUGUGGGGUUUUUGUAGAUCAUUUUUUCAGAUUAAGGAAGUACUCAUCUAUUCCCGAAUUACUGAGUAUUAUAAAAGAGUUUUAGAUUUUACCAAAUGCUUUUUCUGGAUUUGCUGAGAUAAUCCUUGUGAGUUUUUUCCCCCAUUGUUCUAAUGAUCUGGUAUAUAACAUUAAGUAAUUUUCAGAUGUAAAAACAAUGUAUAAUUCCUUGGAUAAAUUCCGUUUGGUAAUGUAUAAUCGUCUUUAUGUAUUAUUGAAUUCAGUACGCUAGUAUUUUUAAUCUAAACAUUAUUGUGGUCAGGUAUGCCAUAACAUGAAAUUCACCAUGUAAACCAUUUGUCAAGUUCAGUGGUAUUAAGUAAAUUCACAAUGCUGUGCAACAUUCGCUACUACAUAUCUCCCAAACUGUUUCAUCAUCUCAAACUGAAACUCUGUGCCGACUAAAAAGUAACUACCUAUUCCGUAUUCCUCCCUUGCCCCAGCCCCUGGUAAACACUAUUCUGCCAUUCUGUCUGAAAAAAUUGACAAUUCUAGGUGGGUCAUACAAAUGGAAUCACACAAUAUCUGUUCUUUUGUGUCUGACUUAUGUCACUUAGGAUAACAUCUUCAAGGUUCCUCCAUGUUGUAGCAUUCAUCAGAAUUUCAUUUUUUAAGGUGGAAGAAUAUUUUGUUGUAUGUAUGUACCACAUUUUAUGAGAAAGUAUUUUUAAUUGUGGUGAGAACACAAAACAUGAGUUCUGCUCUCUUAACAAAAAUUUUAAAUAUACAAUACAUUAUUGUUGACUAUAGAUGUGAUGCUAUGCAAGCACGUCUCAAGAGCUUAUUCAUCAUGCUUGACUGAAACUUUAUGCCCAUGGAUUUCAUUUUCCCACAUUCCUGUCCCUGGCAACAACCAUAUCACUCUUUGAUUCUAUUAAUUUGACUAUUUUAGAUACCUCAUAUAAGUGGAAUCACGCAGUAUUUGUCUUUCUGUCACUGGAUUAUUUCACUUAGUGUAAUGUCCUCAAGAUUCAUUUAUGUUGUCACAUAUUAUAGAAUUUUGUGUGUGUUUUUAAGACUGAAUAGUAUUCCAUUUCAUGUAUAUAUCACAUUUCUUUAUUCAUUCAUCCAUCGAUGGACAUUGAGGUUGUUUGCCCAUAUUUGCUAUUAUGAAUUAUGCUGCAAUGAACAUAGGAGUGUUAAUUUACCUUAGAGAUCUUGAUUUCAAGUCUUUUGGAUAAAUAUCAGAAGUGGAAUUGCUGGAUCAUAUGGUAGUUCUAUUUUUAAUUUUGCAAGAAACCACCAUAUUAUUUUCCCUAGCAGCUGUACUGUUUUGCAUUCCUACCAACAGUGUGCAAGUGUUUUCUUUUCCCCACAUCUUUGCCAAUAUCAUUGUCUUCUGUUUUUUGAUAAUAUCCAUCACGACAUGUGUGAAGCAACACUUCAUUGUGGUUUUGGUUUGCAUUUCCUGGAUGAUUAGACAUGUUAUUACCUUUUCAUAUACAUGUUGGCCAUUUGUAUGUCUUUUGAAAAAACAUCUAUUCAAAUUCUUAGCCCGUUUUUAAAUUCAGUUACAGGUUCCUUUACAAUUGAGCUGUAGGUGUUACUUAUAUAUUUUGUAAAUCAACCCCUUAUCAAAUGUAAGGCUGGCAAAUAUUUUCUCUCAUUCUGUAAAUUGCAUUUUCACUCUAUUGUUUCCUUUACUGUUCAAAAAUCUUUUUAGCUUGAUGUAGUCCCACUUUUUGUUUUUUAUUUUUGUUGCCUGUGCUUUCGGUGUUAUAUCCAUGAAAUCAUUGCCAAGACCAACGUCAUGAAGCUUUUUUCUUAUGUUUUCUUAUAAGAGUUUUACGGUUUCAGGUCUUCUUUUAAGCCAUUUUUAGUUGAUUUUUGUGUAUGGUAUAAGAUAAAGAUGCAAUUUUAUUCCUUUGCGUGUCAAUAUUUGGUUUUCAUGGCAUCAUUUAUUGAAGAGAUUGUCCUUUCCCCAAUGUAUGUUCUUGGCACCUAUGGCAAAAGUGAAUUGAUUGGAAAUGUGUGAAUUUAUUUCCGGGUUUUCUAUUCUGUUCCAUUGGUCUAUGUGUCUGUUUUUAUGCCAGUAUUAUGCUGAUUUGGUUAACAUAGUUUGUAGUAUGAUUUGAAGUCAGGUAAUGUGAUCCUUCCCACUUCAAUGAAACUGAUUCCAUGUUCUCCUGGGGUGUAGAAACUUUUCAAUUAGUUUUUGGUUUCUCGAAAAGGAAAUUUGUCAAUUAAUUCAUGCUCAAUUGGUGUGUUUGUGGGGGAAAGGAGAGUUUCUACUUCACCAUGUUGUGAACUCUGGGUUUUGCUACUAUUUUGCUGAGGGUUUUUUUCCUAAAGAAAUGAGUAUAUAGGGCCGGGCGCGGUGGCUCACGCCUGUAAUCCCAGCACUUUGGGAGGCCGAGGCGGGUGGAUCACGAGGUCAGGAGAUCGAGACCAUCCUGGCUAACACGGUGAAACCCCGUCUCUACUAAAAAUACAAAAAAUUAGCCGGGGGAGGUGGCAGGCGCCUGUAGUCCCAGCUACGCGGGAGGCUGAGGCAGGAGAAUGGCAUGAGCCCCGGGGGGCGAAGCCUGCAGCAGUGAGCCGAGAUCGUGCCACUGCACUCCAGCCUGGGUGAAAGAGCGAGACUCCUUCUCAAAAAAAUAAAAUAAAAUAAAAUAAAAAAAGAAAUGAGUAUAUAAAUAUGUCUACAUUCAUAAGACGUAUUGUUUUGUAGUCUUCUUGUGAUAUCUUGUUUGGUUUUGUUAUUAGGAUAAUAUUGGUCUAAUAAAAGGAUUGGGAAGUGUUUUCUUCCUUUCCGUUUCUGGAAAAUAUUGUAAUAAUUUGGUAUUAACUUUUUUUUAAAUGAUUGGUAGCAUUAACCUAUGAAGCCAUCUGGGUCUGGGCUUUUCUUUGAAGAGAGUUUUAAAGAUUUUAUGUACUAAUUCAACCUCUUUAUUUAUUGUAGAUCCAUUCAGAUUUUAGGUUAUGUUUUGAGUCAGUCUCAGUAGUUUGUAGCUUUGAACGAAUUAUGCCAUUUCACAUAAGUGAUCUAAUACAUUGGCAUACUAUUAUUCAUAGUUUUCCCUUACAGUCCUUUUCAUGUUUGUAAAGUUACUUGCUAUAUACUUUUCUUCAUUCCUAAUUUUAUUAGUUUGAUUCUUCUCACUUUUUUCUUGGUCAUUUUAGCUAAAUAUUUGUCAAUAUUGUUGAUCUCUUCAAACAACCAAUUUUAGAGUUUAUUGAUUUUUCUCUUUGUUUUGCUGCUCUCUAUUUCAUUAAUAUCUUAAUAUAUUCUGUAAUCUUUUAUUAUUUCCUUUCUUUGGCUUGACUUAAUAUUGGUUUGCUCCUCUUUUUCUAGUUUAUUAAGUGGAAGUUCAAGUUAUUACAUUAGGAUCUUCUAUCUUAAUAUAGGCAUUUACAGCUAUCAAUUUCCCUCUAAGAACUGCUUUAGCUGCGUCCCAUGUUUGGAAUAAUGUGUUUUCAUUAUCAUUCAUCUCAAAAUAUCUUAUAAUUCCCCUUGUGAUUUUUGCUUUGACUCAAUGGGUUUUUACCAGUAUGUUGUUUAAUUUUCAUGUAUUUGUGAAAAUUCCAAAUUUCCCUUGGCUAUUGAUUUCUAUUUUUAUUUCAUCUUACUUGGAGAAUAUACACCGUAUAAUUUCAACUACAUUAAUUUAUGUGGUUCAUUUAAUGCUCUAAAAUAUGGUCUACCCUGGAGAAUGUUCCAUGUGCAGUUGAAAAAUAUGUUUGUUCUCCUAUUGUUUGGUGGGAUGUUCUCUAGAUGUCUGUUUGGUCUAGUUGGUUUAUAGUGCAUUUCAAGUUUUCUAUUUCAAUGUUGAUCUCUGCCUGGUAGUUGUGCCUAUCCAUUAUAGAAAAUGAUGCAUUGAAGUUGCCCACUAUUGUUGUUGAAUUUUAUAUCUCUCCCUUUAAUUUAUCUUAGUUUUUGCUUUAAGCCUGUGUUGUUAGAUGCAUGUAUUAUAAUUUUAUUUCUUCCUGAGGUAGUAAAACAUAUUUCAUUAUAAUAUCUCCCCUUAUCAUAGCAAUAUUUUUACUUUAAGUCAAUUUUGCAUAUUAGUGUAGCCACUCCAUACUACUUAUGCUUUCUUUAAAUUUAUUUAUAUCUUUCAAUCUAAAGUGUGACUCCUGUAGAAAAUAUAUAACUGUAUUUUGCUUUUUAAAAUCUCAUUUGAUUAUCUCUGCCUUUUGAUUACAUUGUUUAAUCUAUUCAAAUUUAAUUUUAUUAUUGAAAGAAUUGGAUUUACACCUGCCAUUUUACUGAUUUAAAAUACAUUUUAUGUUUUUCUGUUCCCAUAUCUCUUCUUUACUGUUGUUUUUUGUAUUAAGUAAAUAUUUUCUAAUGUGGCAUUUUUAUUACUUUGACAAUUUUUUUUGCAACAUAUUUACCAUAAUUUUUCACUGUAAUUUUUUAUUGUUUGCUUUUAAGUUUGCUAUAUGCUUUUUUAAAAAUUAAUUUUUAAUUUUUAUGGUUUCAUGGUAGGUAUGUAUAUUUAUGGGAUACAUGAGAUAUUUUGACAUAGGUAUAAAAUGUGUCAUAAUCACGUAAGGGUAAAUAAAGUAUCCAUCAACUCAAGCAUUUAUCAUUUGUGAAAUAAAUAUUCCAAUUUUUAGCUAUUUUAAAGUGUACAAUCAAUUAUUGUUUACUGUAGUCAUCCUGCUAUCAAAUACUAGAACCUAUUCAUUCUCUGUAACAAAAUUUUUGGACUCAUUAACCAUGCCCACUUUCUUCCCCCACCCCACUACACUUCCCAGGCAAUGAUAACAAUUAUUCUGCUCUCUAUCUCCAUGAGCUCAAUUGUCUUAAUUUUUAGCUCCCACAAAUGAGUGAGAGCACGUGAAGUUUGACUUUCUCCGCCUGGCUUAUUUCACUUAACAUAAUGAUCUCCAGUUUCACAUUGUUGAAAAUGACAGGAUAACUUUUUUUAAUGGCUGAACAUUACUCCACUGUGUAUAUAGACUCCAUUUUCUUUAUUUAUUUAUCUGUUGAUGGACACUUAGGCUGCUUUCAAAUCUUGGCUAUUGCGAAUAAUGUUGCAAUAAACAUGGAAGUGCAAAAAUCUUUUCAAUAUACUAAUUUUUAAAGGUAUAUACACAUCAGUGGGAUUGUUGGAUCAUAUGGUAGUUUUAUUUUUAGUUUUUUAAAGAAACUCCAAACUGUUAUCCACAAUAGUUGUACAAAUUUGCAUUCCUGUCAAAAGUGUAUAGGGGUCUCCUUUUCUCCACAACCUCAUCAGCAUUUGUUAUUGCCCAUCUUUGGAUAAAAGUCAUUUUAACUGGGGUGAAAUUAUAUCUCAUUGUAGAUUUAAUGUGCAUUUCUCUGAUAAUCUGUGAUGUUGAAAAUGUUUACAUAUCCCUAUUUUCCAUUUGUAUAUCUUUUUAAAAUAAAUAUCUAUUCAGCUA